AUGUUGCACAUUUUGAAAAAAACAUUUUCAACUGUGCCUGUAGAAUUUCAUAUUAGCCAAAAGUUUGCAAAAAUUGAGAACGCAGCUCAACUAGUUUCACUAAAAUUCCCUGGUAAUAUUAUUUACGUAAAUGAAGAAAAUGCUGAGAAAUAUAAUAAGGAUAUUUUAAAAUACCUUAACAGUAAUAUUCUAGGGUUUGAUACAGAAUUUAUGAUUAACUUUGAUGAAAAUUGUAAUAAUUAUGAAUAUUUGUCAAAAAAUCGAAAAAAAAAAGCGAUAGAAGAAAUAUCCAAUAUAAUAUUAAAUAAAGAAAUAAAUAAAAGAAUGCCCAAUGUAGUUUCCGAUCAAGCAUGUAUAAAAAAAAGUAAAAACCCAAACUCGAAUAAUAAAUAUGUUGAGACAUCAAACAAUAAUACAGAUUAUUGUGCCGAUAGUUAUGUAGCUUCUAAUAAGAAUGAACGCAUAGUAAAGAGUGACUUUAAAUCUAUACAAACAAGUAGCUAUAUUGAUAAGCCAAGAAAAAUAAUAGAAAAUAAAAAACUAUGCUUAAUUCAAUUAUGUUCUAAUGAUAUAUGUUUUGUUUUUAAUGUUAAUAAUUUAAAAGGGGAUAUCCCUUUGUCUGUUAAAACUAUUUUAGAAAAUGACAAAAUAAUUAAAGUAUGUCAUGAUAUAAAAAAUGAUCAAGAUAUGUUUUUAAGUAAAAAUAUAGAAAUUAAUAAUGUAUUUGAUUUAUAUAAUUAUUCUAUUGAUAAUUAUAUAUAUCCACCUUCUUUACAAAACUUAGUAAAAAAAUAUUUAAAAAAACACCUAGACAAAGAAUUUAGAUUAUCUAAUUGGCUAUGUAAAAAUUUAAAUGAAAAUCAAAUCAUUUAUGCAGCUAACGAUUCAUAUGCCUCAAGAGAAGUUUACAUAGCUUUAGAAAAACAAAAUAAAAUUGAUCAAUCCUCUUUUAUUAAUUUGAAUAGUGAAAAUUGCUAUAUUAAGCAUAAUGAGGUUAAUCAAAUUUGUUCAGGUGAAAAUCAAGAAUAUGAAAAAUUCACCUCAAAAAAUAAGACUGUCCAAAAUGACAUAAAUCAUGAAAUUAUAAAUAAUCAAAAUAAUGCUAUAUUUAAUAAAUCACCACAAAAUGAAAAAGCUAGCCAAUGUUUGCAAUUGGAAAAAACAUUUAAUGAUAAAACGGAAAAGAAAAAUGACAAACCUUGUGAAACACAAAAAGGAUAUGAAUAUAUAGAAAAAGAUAAAUUAUAUAUUAUUAACAAUUUAAAAAAUAAAAUAAAAGUUGCAUGCUCAAAAAUUAAUAAUAUUUCUUUUGUGGAAGAAAUGCAUUAUUCAAAUGGAUCUUAUAAAAAUUUUUUAGGUUUAAAGAAUAUUGAAAAUGAUAGUUAUUUAAUUAAGUUACAUUCUUGGAAUUAUGAUCAUGAAAUAAAAUGUUGCAACGAAAUUUUAAGUUAUAUUCAAAAUAUGACUAUAAUUUAA